AUGGCAGGAGCUCAAGCAGGACUCGCAGUUCUAAACCAGGCGAUAGAAACUGGAACGAAAGGUUGGUGCUCAGUAUAGUGGAAGAUUGCAAAUUAGAUUCCUCGGAGUGUCUUUUUAUAUGGAAGCUUAACACAAUGUUGAUAGUUGCUCGAGUAACACAGUUGCUGUCCGGGAUUUCAUUCCCAUAUAAAUAUCGAAUACUCAUUAAGAUACUGGAUUGACAGGUUCAUUUCAGAUACUGAGUAGAAAUACCGCAACAACAAUGUCAAAUCGCAAAGAUUUCUGGUGGUUGCGGCGAGUCUAAAUAGAUGCCAUUCGAGGCAGGUGGAAUUUUACUAAGGCAACAGAGCAUUCCAUGCCAUUAUGGGGAUGGAGACUCGUAAUAAACAUUUGUUUUAUUUACUCUCGCUUGAUGCUACUUCGAGUUAAAAGGGUAACCUUGUGAGAAAGACUCUUGUUGUUUGAGUUAGUGACCAGGUCAAAUCAGAACAAAAUUGCUGAGAAAGCUUUGGAACGAGGCUCCAAGUUCGAGUUACAGGAGAGCUCGAAAUAGUUAGCUUUGAAAACAGUACUACUCCACAAAGUGAUAUAUCUUGAAUUGCUUUGAACGAAUGAUUGCGGUAUUCUGAAAAGAUAACGUCAAUAUUUUAUUAACUUUUCAAGUUUCUUAUCUACGCAUUUAUUUUUAAUAUUCUUAGCCUUGGACAGUAUCUCUGAUUAUUAUUAUGAAAACGAGGCAAUAAUUGCUUGGUGGAACGACUGGAAGGCAAGAGACCAAAGAGCUCACAUAGAGAAAACCUAUAAUAAUGGUCGCUUCUCCAGAGAAAAACGCACAUUAGGUUUGUUAUUCAGAUCUUAUCCUUAUUUUAUUUAGCUUCAAUGAGGAACUGAUCAUUCUUCGAUGAUUGAUAUUUAUGAAGUUAUUUCUCACGUCACAUAUGCAAUCAUAGCCACUGAUAAACUGUUACAAGUACGACAUUUUAAGUUUAUGAUUUAGUAGCUAGAGAUGGUGUCAGUUAAAGAAAUAUGCAUUAUGAAGAAACGACCGUAAGAAUCAAUCAGGCUCGUUCCUUUUAAUAUUUCCCGACGUAAAGUGUUGCGUCCGAUGUUGAAAAAACUCAUAAUAGCAGGAAGGUAAAAUUGACUUUGCAUUUCACGCUUCUUAAGUUAUCCUUCAUAUAAAGUUGAUUAGUUAUAGGAUCGUUAAGAUUUGUUCAACGACUUCUUUGCUUCGCUUUUACUGAUCAGUUAAAAUAUUUUUUAACCAGGGAUUGUGAAUGGAAGAUGGUAUUGCUGUUUUACACAAGCAGGCUUGAGGGCGAAAGGACAGCCUCUUGAUAAUUAGAGCAACCUGAGACACAGCUCAAAGAAGGCUUAGUUCGAUCUUUGCAUUUAGACGCUGAGAAGUCGACACCUUCAUGUAAUCAAUUUGUGUAAAACAAAAUAAAAAUGUGUCUGAUUUGUUAAAUGAGUUUAUCUCAAUCAGGUAUAAGUCUGACAGCCCUCACACAGAAAAACGAUAAUUAACAGUUACUCCUUACACCCUAAAAUCAGUAUGCACAUUCUCCAUACUGUUCUCGAUACAGUUUCUAAGGUGCUGACAAGGAGAAUUCAUUUAACAAUCAAGAGCUUCUAUAUUUAGUGACCAUCUUCUUUAUACUCAUGACCUUAAUGUGUAAUUCAGGGGUGAUACUGUUAGGAGAAAUUACAUGCUUGUCCCUCUUAUGAGUUAAAGGGUUAACCAUUUCUGUGAAUCACCUUAAACAUUGCCGUUGUCGGCAGCAUAUGAUUGUCACUGUUACUGGUCUUUGGAUUUCCCUUUCAGUCUCUUUCUUUACGUGGGGCAGUGUCUCUGUGUACCCUCAAUUUUUUUCAUUAACCGAGUUUUCGUUCGCAUUCACACUCUAUUAUAACUGAGGUGGUUACGACUUCUGAAAAUUAGGCAAUUAUGAAAUGGAACAAAGCAUUCAAUUGAACGUCUGGCGAGCACGUUGCACCUUAGUGUUCAAUAGCGAUAUUUCUAGUGAGCUUCGGUUUAGUCAGUAAGGUACACGACACUUAACGCUCCGCUUUGAGCAUUGCAAAAAUUACGAAGUCUCCCAGUCAAAACACAUUAUCAAUCAACUGAAAGCGAGGACUGUUUCACUUAUUUUUUCUCUUUUCUUUUUUUUUUUUAAUUUUCAACGGUAGUUAUGUUUGAGAGAAGGGCUUCAUCUUUUGCCCCUACAAAUAAGUUCAUAUUAAUAGCGUAGGGCAUUACUAUACACCACAGAGCAAACAGAAGUGUUGAUUACUCAGAAACUGAAAUGGAAGAAGCCUUCUUUGGUGAAAGUGAUAUAUCUAACAUAGAAAUAUUUGCAUGAUCAUGCAUUGAUUCCCACUUUGUAAUAGCCCAACUUAACUGAAGAUCGAAAUUAACAGCAACAGUCGUGAAAGACCAUAACUGAGAGCAAAAUCAAAGAAACAACUCACCCUACAUAUUUUAAAUUGUGAAAUCAUUAAUUCAAGUUUUAUUACUUCUUCUUUUUCGAUUAACCGCCCCCAGUGUUUACUUCACUGAAACCUGGCCUUUUCGAAUCAACCACUAACCGGCGAUUAUUCGGAAAUAGAGGGUAAAGAUGGCAUAUUUUUUUCCCCUUAAAUUUGUCCAGCCGCAACAAUCUGUCGUGGGGUCUUCCAUGAGAAUUCUUCCAUUUCCUUUGAACAUUUUCAUGUAAUUACCAAAUUAAAGCAGCAGUAUGUCGCAGUAAAGCUGCUCAUAAUUCUAGUUACUUGUUAGCUCGACGGCAAUAAGUCGUCGGGAUCCCGAUCAAAAGCCUGGGCCUCGAUUAACGCUUGCACCCCUUCCCAACCCCCCAUGUUCAUCAAGAGCAGUUUCAUUUGUAUGUGAAGAACCAGCUCAUAGCCGCCUGGAGGACCCAAGUUGAAAGAUGCAAAUGAUAUCCUCCGCAACAGUUGCUGUUCGAAAGAUAUCUAAGACGGGGGCUAGAAGAAUAAAACAUAUCAAAAUGCUAAGAAAACUUAAAUCGACACUCAAAUAGCCACCCUGUAUUUGGAAAUAUCAAAACGUAAAAUUUUUAGCCACAUACGCUUCAGUAGAAAAAUGAUAAUUAUUUCUUACUAACCGAGUUCGAAUCCGAGCGGAAGAAAACGAGGUUCCGUAACUUACAGUGUUGACCGAAAAAGACGAGGUUAGCAAGAUAUUUAUUAUAUUAUAAUGGGUUGAGAUAGAGGAUAAGAUUUCAUUUCAAACAAACUUUUGAAUCAAGGGGGCUGUACAGCAAAACUGAGCUAUAUUAUAGCGCAAGCAUCAACUGAGAGAGGUAUUAAAAUUUUGAGUUAAAUUUGAUGAAGAAAAUUAUCGACAUUUGCAUGGUUGAUCAGACCAUAAUGCAAUCACAUAAACGUUUACGAUAAGACAUGAAGAUUUUCAGGGGCUAUUUUUCAACUGAAGGGAAGUUGUAUUGGUGUGAAAAUUCUAGCAAGUAUUGCAUGUUUUGACCUUUUACAGUCUUGCCAUAGGGCUAAUUUUUUGUUUUGAUGAGUUUUGAAAUUCGACCGCUAUUUUUACAGGGGAACUACUUUGGAUUCCAGCUCUGUGUAACUUUUAAAAUGGAUUGAGUAUGACUAAAAAGCAAUGCCAUAAUUGCACUUGUUUUUGGCAUCUUUAAGGACAAUUUCAGGAGAGAAAGGUCUUCUAUUAAAAUCAUUUUCGUGGUGCGGGCCCCUACAUAACUUCUUUGUUUAUCAUUCUGUUAACUGCCGUUGUGAGAUGUGCGUCUUUAGAACAUAUACGUGUUCCUGUUGAAUAAAUGGUAUCGUACCUUUUAAUUUGGGAGUUAGUUAAUAUUCCUAAAACUGGUUGCCUUGGCAUCAAAUAAAUGCUAAUUUAAGAAAAGUUCUUUUGACGUUGAACCAUCACCCAGGAGCUGGUGCUUACUGACGGGUACGUUACUAAAAUAAAGAAAAAGGAAAGUAACUUAAAUCAAACUAUCAAUAAGCACAGUACUCAGUACACAGUUCUAUUACUUGAUUUACUACGGCAAAACAAACCGAACGGACCAACCGGAAACCUUCAGUGUAAGUAAACUGGCAUGACUUCUUUGUUAUCAUGUUGUAGUGAGGCCUUGCAUUUCAAAUAUCGAUAUGAAUAAGGUAGGUUUAAUUUUUAACAGUUCCUCGAUAAACUUUGGCCUUUAACAAACUCGUUAAAGAUAUUAAUCCUCGAAAAGUUAUUCAGAAUAAUUUGGCAGAGAAACUGGUUAGUUGGUAUAGAAAGUGGUAGGUCAGUGUUUCAUCAAGAGAUACUCCAUGUUAUCGUUUGAUCAAAUUCAUGGAAGUGUAUGAAACAAAACCAUGCUACCUUUCAAGCUCUCUUUGGAAUGGAUUGGAAUAAGGAUUUUAUUUGCUUCUUGAAAAAGAACAAGGCAAUUUUAUAACCAUUUAAACAAAAAUUUACAUGGCCACAAGCGAGAAAUACAAAUGUUUGAAACACAUUUGAGGGUAGAGCAUAAAUUAUUUUCCAUAAUAAAGCACAAAAUCUUUCCUAUCGGAAUACUCUCGUACUUUUACUGUCCUUACAACAAGAAAGCAUGAAUAUUCCAAGAGGUUGAUUGUGUUAUAUACAUAAAGACUAAAAUAUCGACCAUGCCUUCGAUUUUUCGAUCUAUCUAUGUCACCAACAAUGAACUCGAGCACCUCAUUUUACUUUUUAUUUACCUUAUUGUGUCAAGUUAAAGCUAAUCUCGUUUUUAUGGAAAUAGAUGAGAGAAAUAAAGAAAGAUGUCUUAAACGGCGUCGUCUCGUGCGUUGGGCGAAAGGAGAAAAUCUGAGUUAACAAGCGAGUAUUAGAUUAACGUCAAGGAAGAGAAUCUUCAAACAUCCGCUCUAGUUGCCUGGUAUUCCUGAUGAUAGUCUAGAAUCUUUCUUCAAUCUCUUCUAUGUGUACGUGGAAUCAAGUGAUAAAAAUGGACUUUGAUAAAGAUAGCUUGAGAAAGGAAGGACAUAUCUUUAAAAAAAAUUUGAAAGUCAAAUAACUGAUUACACCGACAUCAAGCGAUGUUAAGCUAAUGAAUUAUGCAUUCUGUUUUGCAGAAAAUGUCAGAGAAUCUCGAAGAAUAUGACGAAGGACAAAGCGGUAAGAGAAAUGCGCCUUAGAAUCUUCCUAAUCGUGGUGCAUUGUAGCUACAGCUCAGCAUGUAAAACAGAAUCUUCCUUUGAGCAAAAACUUGUAAGGAAAUUUGUUUGGUGAAGGGUAGUAUAAAUCACGCAACUAAAGCUCCCCUUCUAGGCUUGUUUAGGUCUGUGUAUGACGAAAAAACCUCUCUAACGACAAUAAUGUCAAUAGUGUCAUUUACAGCGUAAACUUGAUAGUAACAUAUUCACACCCUUGUUUGUGCCAAUAUGAGGAGAUGAUAGCCAAAUUUUGCAUCGCAGUAUAAGAGUAACCUUGUUCAAUAAUAGUUAACUCGUGGGGAAUCUUAAACAAAUCCAACCACGUACCAUAUAGUUAACAACAUGGCUUUUCAUUUUUAGGCUCAAAAUACCCGAGUUUGUUGGCAAAAAUAACAAGAACCAAACCCGACCUUUCACGUUUGUCAGAGGGUUCUUUCAGAAGAUUUUUAUCAACUAUGGAUUUGACACUCUUGGGAGCGGGUACAGCAAUUGGUAUUGGUGUAUACAUCAUAAUUCCAAAGCUUGUAAGAGAUAUUGCAGCGCCUGCUGUCAUUUUAUCCGUCAUUGUGACUUCUUUAUCCUUUUUAUUAUCCGGGAUAUGUUACGCCGAGUUCAGCUCAAGGAUUCCAAAGUGUGGCUCAGCCUACGUUUAUUGUUAUGCAGCUCUUGGUGAGAUUUGGGCUUUCAUCGUGGGCUGGACAAUGAUUUUAGAAUAUGUGAUCGUAACAGCAGUAUUAGCAAGAACAUGCAGCGAGUACAUUGAUUACAUAUUCGGAGGAAGGGCUUACCAGUUUUUUAAAGACGAGGUGGCAACUUGGAAUGAUCCUUUUCUGGCUCCAUUUCCAGAUUUUCUUGCAUUCGUUCUACCAAUAGCCGUGACUUGUAUCAUUGCUGUGGGAAUGCGAUGGGCCAUAUUCUUCAACCACACCAUGUUAGCUUUCAGUUCUGCAAUAUUAAUCCUACUUCUUGUCAUCAGUCUUUUUUUUGCAAAACCAGAUAACUGGACACACAAUAAAGCUGUGCCAUAUGGUGCCCAUGACAUUUUGAGAGCCGCUGCUAAGAGCUACUUCACCUUCAUUAGCCUGGAUGCCAUAUCUUCUGCAAGCCAAGAGAUAAAAAGACCAGGGUCAUCGGUUCCCCUAGUUGCAAUCUUAACAGUUACUUUAAUAACAAUAAUGUAUUGCGGAACUACUGUUAUCUUCACCUUGGCAAUACCUUUCGAUGAAAAGAGCGGUUUCGCGCCCCUCGCUAAGAUCUUUCGCGUUAUUCCAGGAGCUGACUAUGCCAUUGCUAUUGGAGCAAUUUCAGCAACAUCACAUGGUUUGAUCUCGUGUUCGCUGGCGGCACCUCGCGUUUUCUGUACUAUGGUUGUUGAUGGCCUUCUGUUUGGCUUUGCUUGUAGUGAUGAAAUAUCCAGUGCCUUGACGACAAUUUCCAUUGUCCAUGGUGUGUUCAGUGGAUGCUUGGCAGCUUUGUUCUCCACAGAACAUUUGGUAUAUUACGGCUAACUUUCUUUAUUAUUGUUUUCGUUGUUGAUAUUAUUUUUCGUUUGCAUGUUUUUCAUUCCACGAAGUGUGUGCUUGCAUACAGAAAUCUUUGCCUCCAAGAAAAUCUCUACAGCUUUGUUUUUUCCUUGAUAGGCAGUUCUUUGACACCCGGCUCUACACAACUAUUUGUGUCAAAAUGACAUCUUUGGACAUAGUUUCUCUGGUUAAAGUAGGCAAUCGUAAGAUACGGUGUGAGUGUAUCAGGGGGCCGCGAUUAUGAGAGUCCUCGCGGUACAGUAAUCAUCCUGCAAGCUCUUGAAUAUAGUGUUAACAACAUGUUUUUUUCUGUCGUAUCAUUUUUGUCAUGUACCUAUCAGAAAAACGUUUAUGAAAUUCCGUCCCAGUCUAGUCUAAUUUCUUACCGGAUAGGGAUUGCUCCUUGUCUGGAUAACAGAUAUAGUUCCUUUUCCCAUGAGUAAUAUUUCGCUUCAACACAGCAACCACGGUAAGCUCACACUUGCAUGGCUCUUGAAGAGUUGUUGUAAAGGUGUCUUGUUAACAGAGAAUAAUCAAAAUAAAGACAAAUUGCUUAAACCUGUCACGGGUGGUAUCAAAAUGAUUCUGGUAUAAUUGAAACACCUCACAGGCCUCAAAAACAGCCCUGGUCCUUUCUGUUGAAUAUCACGUCUUUAUUUUAUUUCACAAACAAUCAUAAUAUAGCUGAAUUACCUAGAAUUUCUGUCUCCGAGCUGGGUGGCACAUUUGAUAUCACUGAACAUCCCAUCAGGUGUUGUAUUCUUUUCAGAUUGAGCUUCUCUCAAUUGGCACCCUCUUGGCUUACACCUUGGUUGCUAUUUCGAUCUUAUUAGCACGUUACCAGCCUGGUGUGGAAAGUCAAGUGUAUGGGAAAGCAGCUAAGCUUGAACGAACAAACGAGUGGCUGAAGUCAAUCACAUUGGAAUCACGAUAUCCACCUCCAUUCUUCGAUCAAUCAGAACUUGAGAAACGUGACAUCCAAAAAAGUAACACUAAAAAAAAGCCUAACACGAUGACACGUGAUAAUGCCACCUUUGCUGUAUUUUUAUUGGUUCUCAGUCUUUCUUGCCUCGCCGCUGUCCUCAUGACUAUGUCAAAUGGCAUCCAAAAGGGGGAGAGCUGGGCAUUCUUUGCUGCUGGCAUGAGUGGAGUUUUUAUAGUUGCUGCUGUUAUAUUCCUAACACGACAGCCUAAGAACCAUGCAGAGUUUCCUAUCAUGGUGCCGUGUUCUCCUUGGCUACCAAUCAUUACCAUUUUUGUUAAUAUCCUUCUGAUCUCCGGGUUGGAUUAUUUGUCUUUUGUACGAUUUGGCGCGUGGCUAAUUCCAGGUAAUAUAAUCUCGAGGACACUUCUUUUUCGAACGUUUUUAUAGUGACUCAUCGCUUUACCGACUUCUUGAGUUUCUCCGAUUUUUAAUAGUCAUCUUCCCAACAAGAAACGAGUACCGAGAAAAUUUAACCCAUAUAUAGCUAGCACGCGACACACGGAGGGGGUUGGACGGAAAAUGUGACGGCUUUAAGCCCCUACUGGUGCAACGAGGGAUUACAAUAAUGAUGAUGAUGAUGAUGAUAUAGCUAUAGGUUGAUGAUGGGAAAGCAAAGAAACAAUUCGAAAAUUACAAAUACAUUUGCAAUCUUUGGGUCGUUCCUGUGCUUUUUUGUGUGGAAAUCAAUGAUAUAAACAAGCAUUGACAUUACUAAAUCUCUAAGACAACAAUUCUUGGCGUCCUAUCCCAUGAUCUGUGAUCUCCAAUGGGACAACAAAACAACAAGGAGAAUGAGCCCAGAACGGAUGGUAGAACCGAUGCCGAUGUUUCGCUGCCUCGCUCUCAACGCUAUGUAUGCUCUACUUAAUGCCCAAACGAAAGUCUGUUCUGCAAUUAUCUAAUGAAACUCCUAUUCUUGGAAAGUAAGAUGGUUACGUUUUUUCUUACAGCUAUAAUUUGUACUAUUCCCUUCAGCAAUUUUUUCUAAGUGAAUAAUUUCAUUUGAUCGUCUAUUUUUUUCCAUGUUACAGGACUGAUUAUCUACACUUUAUAUGGAUACAGACGAAGCAAAGAGGCGCUCAAACCGAAGAAAUCAACCGAGGGUGAUUUUAUUUUGUUCGAAAAUCCUGACGUGGAUGCAAGCUUCAAAUACAUUCAACCAAAAAGAAAACGUGACAAGCAACAAAGCGGGAACUGACGAAUUUGUGGGAAAUUUAAGAGGCGUAUGGGGCGGGUAGGGCGCGUGCGGGCCGGACGUGCAGUGAUAGCUGACCUAAAUCGAAUCUGAUAGACCUCCACAUGCAUGAGUUGAUGUGUGACGAGCUUUGUACAAAGGAAAAAUCACUGUGGGUCGACUGAGCCCCAAAUCCUCCAUUCUAGACGUCUAUCCCGGAGGCGUUGGAAGAAUUACAGGCCCUCUGAUUUGUCUAGGAAACUGGCGCCACACUCUCAGCCAAUCACAUGCAACACAAGUACCAAUCGGGAACCUGUCGCUUGCAUUUUCUCCAACUUGGGGUCUUGAACUCAAACUUCUGAUCGGCCGUUGUAAUUACUUCGAGUAUGGUUUUACGACACUUUCGCUCUAAACAUGAUCUGGCCUCAUUACAUUGCAUUGUCUUCAGUCAAAUGAAGCGCAAUAUUGACUUAACAUUAGCCACAUAAGUGUCGCCAAAUAUCUAAACUUUUAUUCUUUGCAGAGAAAUUACCAACAUUCAAUUUUUCUAAAAGAGGUUCUUUAGACAAGACCCAAGGAUAAUUUUCGAUGUGUCAAAUAUCUAGAUCUUAAUAUUGACGACCAUUUCAACUAGAAACAAAAAACAUUUUUGAAAUUACCGGUAAUAUAUCAGUAAGUGAUAGCAAGCUGUCUAAGCUUAGGGCCCAGUUAUUCCAAGAGCGAAUGACGCUUUCCAACGGAUAAAUCACUAUUAAGUGGAUAAGUGUUAACAAAACGUACUGUGCUAUUCACUGGACAGAGAUUUAUUCAGUGGAUAGCAUUAUCCACCCUUCGAUUAACCUUGACCAGCAUAUUUUUGUCUCUGGCAACAUAUACUAAAAUUAUUUUAUUUCUUAGUAGAUCCCUUUCUUAGCAAUGGCUUAGUUUUCUUUGUAAUACCUUUUCUAAAUAUUCCUUUUAUAUUCCCCCAUAAACGUAGUAAUUUGCAUGAGUUUGUUCCAUCGUUAUCGGGAAUUUUUUUCUCUUUUCUAUUUGUCGCGUAUUUAUUGAAACAGUUUUCAAUCAAGUGUCGAAAAACCAAAACCAAAGUAUCACAGCAACCAAUCAUAACAAAGGUUAAGACCAGCAUUGACCAAUGAGAACCAAGGGAGCAAGAGAAGACUUGAUUCUCUCUCGUGAAAAUGCAGAACAAAAACAGGAAACUUACUUGAAGCGAGGGAAAACGCGAAUGACCAAGUUGAAGUUGGUUUUAGUUUGCAUUUGAUUGGUUGACGUGGUGGCGCGAGUUUCUUAGACCAAUCACAGAGCGAAAUAAAGCAAAAUCACUGCAACCUGGGUAAUGUUAUAAUUUGCUUUAAUUCCAUAACCUCUUUGUUCUUUUUACAGUCUUGAACUUUACUACCCGUGCAUAUUAUAAAUUUUUCUCGAUUGCUUUAACCACUCGGCUAUUAAGACUGUACACUUCCAAGUGCCUUAGAGUGCUAAUUUAAGUUAAUUUUGGUCCCUAAAAUAUUUGUGGAAAAUAAAUAGUAGUUGGCUUUUGUUGGUUACCUGUUGUUGCUGCUACAUUGAUUUUGGAUCUGGGUCGAGAUCUGUUUUCAGUUUGUCUUGAGAAACACGCAGUAUGUCUUCAAACGAUGUUGCAAAUAAAUAGUUAGAGCUGCUGGACCAAAACAUUUUUCUAGGUACAUUGAAAGCUUAUAAUGAAAACGAAAAUUCCAUAUUUCUUUCCAAAUUCGCUUUUUUGGUUAGUUUUCAGUUUUUUUUCUUCAAGUCUUUCAUGUACGAUUGUUAUACCUUGAUAUACCAUGCCCUGCUGGGGCAAAAUUAUCUCAGUAAUAGUAAAGAUUGUCUUAUUAUGAACCAUUUGAUACUUAUGGUAAUUUUUUUUUAAAUUUAUAAACGUAAAUUAAAUGACAUUAAUCCAACAUUAGGAUUUCUUUGGUAGCAAAUAUUAAAGCAGUGUACUAUUCUGAGAAAAAAAUUGUAACCAAAAAUGAUAAACUUUAUAAGCACUACAAAAAAUGGGAAAAACAAAUACCGUAUGCGCAUUGAAGAAAACCGUAUGUUGCUUGUACUGUCUCAGUAUGUCUCUUGUCUCCAUAAUUUUCACUUGCUUAUGUGUACUGACCAGGCUCAUUGCGGCGUCUCUUAGUUUGAAACUAGUCAGUCGUACUAAUAUUAUAUUGGAAUAGUUUGUUCUGAGACGUGUACUGUAAAUUUUGAUUAUUGUAAUUUAUGUACUGUAAGUAGAUUAUGUGUUGUACCAGCUUUUCGUACUAAUUUGUGUUGGUAGAAUGUUAAAAAAAAAAAUACAAAAAAAAAAUUCAUUUCAGCGAUUACUAUUAGUUCCUCAGUUAUUCCAUGAGUGAUAAUAACGGCCAUUCAGUGCAGAUGAAUACGAGAGAGAUAUUUGCAGUAAUGAACACUACUUGAGCAAUACUGAAAAUAAAGUUUUAAAAAAAAUUCAGGCCUGUACAGGAGUUAAGCAACAGACGUCGCCGGCCUCACGACGGCAACCAGAAACGUGAAAUUUCCUUGCAGUCCUCACUGCGCAUGUACAACACGUUGUGGCUUGCCGUUGUCCCAAAGUCGAGAACGCGAGAACGUGGAGCUUCACGUCGCGACGAGAACUUGAAUACUUAAUCUUUUGUUUUGAUCACUUUUAGCUUACUUUCGGGCUAAUUCAGUUUGAAAGCUAGGUAAAACUACAUAAUGAUUGAUUUUAUGUUUGAAAUAAUGUUCUGCAAGCAUUAUUAGGCUUAUUUUUCAAAAUUGUUUUCGCAUGCCAAACUAGCUUCCAACGAUGAGGUUGCUUUCAUUCAACAGAAUAAUUAGUUGUCUUUUCCGAUUUUUUCAGUGUAUAACCGGUAGAUUGUGAUAGCUUGACUUAACACUUAAAUCAUUUUGUAUUUCCUUCCUCCUGGCCUUUCUUUUAAUAUAGAAGCAUAUUAAAUCGACUCAAAUUAAUUUUGUAUUUAGUGUGUUAAUCGCCAUGUUCACAAGCAGACAAAUACGCGCUUCUUGUACACAAGAGAAGAUUGCGUUCUUCGCAAAAGGUUUUUUUUUCCGGCAUUCAAUUGAUGGCAAUUGAUCGCUUGAACAUUACACAUAUAACGUGUAAAACAAUUUCUGUCUUUGAUAGGCCAAGGCAGAACGACUUUUAUAAGCUUAAUAGUUUGUAAUUUUUCACGGUAAUGAUCUCAAAAGGGAUGUGUCGAUCAUUAGAAAAGCUUUAAUAGUAUAAGGCUCGAAUUUGCCGAGUUAUUUUUCAAAUAUAGUUUAACUCGUGGAUGGAGUGGACAGAACAAAAAGAUGUCAUGGAAGUCAGAGAAAUCUUAUCAUGUGAACCCUUUAAAUUCAAAGCUGGCUUCAAAUAGCGAGGUUCGGCAAGGAGCCAAAUAGUGCAAAAUCUGAACACACAUUCAGGAGUCUCAGAGAGCUGUCAGAGAUCGUUAUGUCGUAAAGAAUGGCAAAUUCAUUUGCCUUUGCGACUCUUUUAAUAAAGGAAAUCAAAAGGAAAUAUUGCGUUUCCUUCAAGCUCGAAAAUUACGGGUAUGCACUCGUCAAAAAGACCUUUUGGAAUGAAGUUCACAAAAAAAUCUUUAACGAAAACCAAGGCAAUAAAAACGUUACAUAAUCUCUUGCGAAAAUUAAAUGUCCUGUUUCCUUCGCUUUCCACUGAAAGAAGUCAAACUGCCCAGCAGAGAGAUUCUUACUAUUCAGCACUGUUGCUAUAGUGAUAUUUGCAUGAGAAUGUUGUUCGAGACAUGUUAUGUUAAUAUCAGACAUCUCUUGCUCUACACUUUUCAUAGAAAAUCAGUCGAAGAGUCUUUCAAAAAGUACCUAGUUAAGACACAAUUUUUUUAUUAAGUACCAGAUUUUUUGACGUUGGCUAAACUUGGUGUCACGAAUGCGUUUGCAUGUCACAGGCUGAAUUCAGCGGGACUGUAUUUUAAUUUAUUUUCAUUGAUUUAAAAAACAAUAAGAUGUUGUCAGACAAAUAAAUACACCACGCCACUAUGCCCGAGGCCUUCUCGGUAGCCAUGCUUUCGUGGAUGAGCUGGCACAACUAACUGAUUUGUGUACAAAGCUGUUAACGUUCUUUAUCUUCCAUUUGUGUUUAGCCAGCUUCAGUUGGGUUUGAGAAAAGUCUUCCGAUAAAUUUUCUUGAUAUCAUUAAGCUAGACAUUUAGUUUUCUGUGAAUAGAAAGUGCUCUAACGAGAUAAGUAUUCAUGCUGAGUUAAUUCUCGUCCAUGAAUUGAGGAUAAUUAUUUCGCUCGCCCAAAAAAAUUGAAUUCUCUUUAUGGAAAUAAGUGACAACUGACUGACCUCUCGUCUUCUGCACGGGAUCUUGAAGUUAACCUGCAAAAAAAUGGGAAAUUUCGGCUAGUUGGGAACAAUCUUUACAAUGAGGUAAGUUUUAAUACUUCACUAUCUAUGCUCUGCUUAGGACUCGACAAACUUAAACGUUACCAUCAAUAAAAUUACAACGAUAUUGUCACGUUCCGCUCAAAAUUUUAAUAACUAACCGCAAAGAACAUCGCUCUCACUUUGAGCUCUUGGAAUUGAUUUUCUGAAUUCAUAAAAGGACGUUGUUAGUCUGAUUUAGGUAGAAUUAGAAAGCAUCCGAAUCAUUCCGUCUCCUUUAGGAAGAAAUGGUUUUGAAUUGAAACAAGCUUAUAAAAGGCCGGCAUAUAAAAUUCAAGAACGGAGAAACCUCAGGAGCAGCUGAUCAAUCAUUAUUCAUAUCUCCGCUGUCUCUAUCAAAAUUAAAGUGAAUAAUUCAAACUAAGUUGUGUUGUAUAUUCAAUGCCAAGGUCUAUUUUCUAAUUUUUCAUCGACUGAUUGAAAGGAAUAAUAAAGAUGUCGUGACAUGAAGCCGCCAAAAAUUUAUCCUGAUGCCUAAAAGCACACUCGAAAAUUUUCAAACGUUGCUAGGUUUUAAACUUAAUACACAUUGAUCAAAUGGCAUAGUCGCCAGCCAUUAAAUUAAUAACUUCUUUUAAAACAACUUUGUGCUCUGCAACACUGAGCCUAGAUCAUUUAUGUAGAUUAAACUAUGGAAAGCGAAAAACUAUGCGAACCAUGAAAGGAAAUGUAGAUGCAAUUUAUAGCGAGAAUACAACUGAAAUCAUUGCUAGCAGCCUCCUUUAUUUCUCCCCUUUUCGUAGCAACUGGUCUUAAUAUUUGAGUUUUGGAUAAGAAUUAUUGUUCUGGAAAUGGCUAAGUUUGGCAAUUUACUUGGUAAUAACUGGUAUUUUUUGGUGGCGUGCAGCAACUUCCAAGGGGGUGGGCGGGGGGGUGGAAAACUGCUCACCAGAGAUAAGAUAAAUCUGAAAAAAUGAUAACAAUAAUCAGUGCUCUAGAAAAGAAAUGAUAAUUUUGGUUACAUUUGUGAGUAAAGAAGAUGGUCCCUUUUCCAGAAUCUUGAUUUAACUAAGAUGACUGGCCUUACUAACCAAUUGCAAAUAUUGCCAUGGAAAUUCUCCCACAAGAAAAUCUGAAAUUGCUUGAAACGUGUUUCUCAACAAUAUAAAUAAGACGGUGUUCUUCACUCGAACAAUAGGACAAACAGACAAAUGAAAGGCUUUCAGCUUCAGUUGAUUCGUGACAAUUGUAAUUCACCUUGUAGUUACACCCCCUAAGUGAAUCGGCGCCAAUUGUUCAUAUCAUGUAAACCAAGUUAUAUAUGUUUGAGCUCAUAAAAUGGGUUUUCUUGGACAAAGUCUAAAAUAUGAGUCUGAAGGUUGAUCGUGUGAUAAUACUUUCACCCAAAAAUUCGAGGUGAGUGAAUGCAACAUCAUAUAGCAGAAAACAGAUGUCGUUAGGAAAGUUGUGCCCGUGUUUCGCUCUAUUGAUUGGUAAGCGAUGACACAUAGCAUUUCUGUUAUAGUACACACCAUGUAUUUGAUUGAACCACAUGUGCAUUACAGUAUAUGGGGAUGAAACUCAACAGAAUGUUCUGUUAAGUCGAUAAAUAUCCCAGUUAUACGGUCAAAACUUAGCACACACUUUUAAAACAAUUAAAUGCAUUUCAAACCAUUAAUAUUCACAGUUAACAUAGUCAUCCGGUCAUGCCGAUCGAUUCCCAUGAUGAACGCAUUCUUUAAGAUGACACUGCACAUUUCGAGACAAAGGGGGGAACUUCACGUAGAUUUAGUAUGUGAGGCCUGGUGAGUCUGAAAGCUCAAGGCUUUCCUUGGCCACGUUCAGAAGUAUUUUACAUCCCCGUUUCAGCCUUGGCUGAAAACAUUGGGCUACCUCCUGAAGCUCGUUCAAAAGUCAAAGCCGAAGCUUUGACGUAAGCAGUUUUAAUCUUGAGAGCACUACGUUAUGGGAACCAGUGGACUCAACAGUCUCAGGGGUAACUCUUACCAGUGAUGAAGAUACGUCUCUGUGAAAAUUAGUCGACACCAAACCUCUCAGAUGUAAAUACUGAACCCCAGAGCAAAAUCCACCCCUCACAAUGACAAAUAUCUACAUGUAGAUCGCCUCAGAAAGCAAACAUACUAGUUCAUUCAGUCCUAACUCACCCCAGUAGCUCAAAAAUGUGGGUUUAGGCGAAUUGAAGGAGAUUCGGUUUAGAUUUCAGGUAAAGGCUAUGGAUAACAACAAAAGUCAUACAAUAGAUGAGAUUUCAAGUUCUCUUUUGGUGUUCCUAAGCUUUUUUAAAUUACUACCCGAUCUUGUACUCUUUCGAAAUUUUCACCGACAUGAGGCGAGCAUUGGCGUGCUGGGUUCCCUCAUUAAAUAUUACUAUUAUCAUUACAUUCUAACAUGAUAACCGGGUAAAAUACCGCACCUCACUUUACAACAAUUCAGUCUCCCUGUUUUAUCGUGAACGAAGGAAAGCUUAAAGUCAAUUUUAAGGUUUGUGAGGAUGUUAAUUCUGUUAACUAAAUACAUCACGAAAUGGAAAGCAACCAUGCAUGAUUGAUGACCAGCUCGCAAGAUUGGAUUUGCCUUCUGUAUGUACUAUUGUUGCAUCGAAUUUUCUUAAAUUCUGUAAUUUUAGAAUACUUGAUAAUGCGUAGUUGUAUGUUAUUGAUAAAAUCGGGGUGAGCACUUAUAUAUUUUGGUUCACUUGGCUAGAGUGCAGACUUUAUGCAAAACACGAGCUCGAUUUCGCCUUCAAAUAUUCAAAUGAUCCUUGUCACUUAGAGUGUUUCCGAUCAUUUAAGAAUGGCUCGACGCUUACAGUGGACACACUAAAAUGAACCUAGAAAAUUCGGUACAUUACCGCUGCUUGAGGCUAUUUAAUAAUAUGAAAUGUGCUGCGGCCAUCGUUAUUGUUAGAAGUAAAAUUCUAACACUCGUUGUCCUGUUGUUUCUUUCUUUAUUCUCUCUUACUACAAGUUAAUAGAACGAGAAUUAGCUCAAAAAUCUCUCAAGGAAAGUGUGGGUCACCGCUAAUUAAGGUGACGCUUACUGAGCUGUCGAUCUCUAACCUUCGUCGUGCUUUUACACUUAACUAGCGAAUCACGCUAAGCUACGCAGAGCUGAGUUCGCAUACUAAGUAGAUACCUUCGUGAUGUUUACGCUUUACAAAAUGACUUUCUACCUUAAAUUUCUUAGUCUUACGGUUAAGUUCGGGCCAUUCAAAAACAUUAUAUUAAAAAUUUUUUUAUAAAGAUAUUAAAUUAUAAUAAACUUACUAACAGAAAUAAAAUUCCUACUUGAAAAGAUAUCUUUAGAGAAAAUAGUCCUCGAAGACUGUUACAUAACAGCAGAAUAAACAGAAAAUUCGGAGGAGAGAGGGCGUACCCAAGGUACUGCCUUUAAAAGAGCUACGUGUUAUUCGUAUAAAUUACCCGAUUAUAAAUUCAGUGCGGAAGAUGAAAAGUACUACGUUUCCACCUUAAGUCACCUCUAUGAAAAACUCCUGAGGGGUGUCGAACGUGCUAAAUUAAAAUUUAAGAACUAUUUUCCUGAUCGGGAAUUUGACAUGGAUUUAGCCUAAAAACGAGAAUAUUAAAGAGGUAAAGGUAUAAAGGAGGGUUACUUCCAGGAAAUUCCUGUACGAGAUCAAUUUUUAUAAGGUAGAGUCAUUUUCUUAGUAAUUAAUCAUCUUUUAGCAACAUAGUGGAAAUAUACCGAUAUCUAGCCGCAAAUCGCAGUUUACGCAAAAAAAUCUGUCUCCAUGUCAAAUUCACGAUCAUAAUAAGGAAAAAGUAACCAAACUCUACCUGUAAGAUAAGAUCGCCUUAAGGAAUAAGAAAUGAUCAAAUGGCUUAUUAUAAUGUUUACUGAAUGGCUUAUGCAAAUAUAUUAUUUCCAUUCAUUUUCCAACACCAGUAUAGGAAACCCUUACAUUGUUUUUAGAUUAUAUAUAUUUCUAUUUUUAUCGUUUAACAUUAUCAAUUAAUACAGCUGAAUAAGUAAACCAAAACAUCCUGUUUUCGUCUGGUUCAGAUUCUGCUUUUUCUUUUCCAGCAACAGAUCGUACGUACGCUACACAGGGCUUCUCUUCUUUUUUCAUAUAUUCUAUUAUUAUGCAAAAAGUGACUCAGCAAUUGCUAUUGUGAUUAGCAUUAAAGUCCUGAGACAAUUCUGAGUGCUACCUCAGCGUCAUUAAAACAGCAACAGCAAAAUUGAUAUAACCUUUAUAUCCGUUGAAUUGACAUCACUCUUACAUUAUAUCAUGCACAAUUGUGGUCGUAAAAAGAUAAAAAUAACCUUCUAGGUAGGUGUCAGAGAAUUGUUACAAUACAAUACCUGUAGACUCUGUGAUUUAAGGAUUUAAUCUUCUUUAAAAAUUUGCAACAGGAUUUCUAACUGACUUUAUUUUCUUCCAUAGAUGAUCUGUAAAAAGUUACUCGACAACCUUAUUCGCAAAAAGCCGCGUGAAGCAUGGCUCCCAGAAAUUCCCCUGAGAAGAUGCUUGACAGCCAUAGACCUCAUCUCCUUAGGUGUUGGAACAACAGUCGGCACUGGCCUAUAUGUGAUCAUUGGUGAGCUUGCUCGGUCUGUCGCUGGUCCUUCAGUUAUUCUCUCUCUCCUCCUGGCCUCCAGCGCUGCGUUUUUGUGCGCCCUUUCAUUCGCUGAAUAUGGUAGCCGUUUUCCUGAUGCUGGAUCUUCAUAUCAUUACACUUAUGCCACCCUCGGUGAAAUAUCUGCGUUCAUUGUUGGCUGGAAUGUUGCUCUGGAGUUUUUAAUCGCGGGAGCCAGUCUUGCACGAACUUGCAGCAGAUUCAUAGAUUAUGCUUCUAACGGACAGGUGUUCCUCUUCUUAUCAAAUCAUUUUUCAAAUUACUGGAGCAUUCCCGGGGAAGAGCCCUUUCCAGAUCUGCUGGCAGCUGCCUUAGUAGUCGCAGUAAUGGUUAUUUUGUGUUUGGGAGCUCGCACCUCCACAAAUUUUCACAAUUUAGUGACAGUCAUAAACUUAGGAUUUAUUCUCUUUAUAAUUGUUUUCGGAUUCUUCUUCGUAAACUUAAAACACUGGAAAGACAAUUUCAUCCCUUACGGCGUCUCAGGUGUACUGGAAGGUGCAGCGGGGGCUUUCUUCGCCUUCUCCGGAUUCGACAUUGUCGCAGAGGCCGCUGAAGAAGCGGUAGACCCUGAGAAAAAUCUCCCCAAGUCAUUCUUUAUCACCAUCCUACUCAGUACGUUGGCCUAUAUAAGUGUAGCUUCAGUACUCACUCUCAUGGUACCUUAUUAUGACUUAGAUGAGUACGCACCAUUGGCAGAGGCCUUCGGGCGUAAGACCUUUCCUGGUGCUAUGUACAUCGUAGUGUGCGGAGGUAUCUCUGCUACUGUCAGUGCAUUACUCUGUGCAGUUUAUUCCACUUCAAGAAUUUUUUACUCCAUGUCUGUUGACGGGCUGUUGUUCAGAUGGUUUUCCAAAGUGCAUAGCAAAACCCAGGUACCCUACAGAGCUACACUAAUUUCUGGUAUCAUCACCGCCUUGAUAGCACUCCUGUUUGACGUAAAUCAAAUGGUGAGAUAAAACCCCGUUUUCUAAUUUCUUGUCUUAAAAAGUAAAAAAAAAAUGGCGCAGCAGGGUGAAAUUAACUUUAAAUCAAAGGUCAAUUUACGUUGAUGAAAGACCGCUGGUAAAGUACAGGCACGGCCCAUAAUGCAGCGAAAACAUGGCAGUUACGAAAGAUCUAUAAAUGAGAUUGCAUGUGGCGGAACAAGAGAACUGUUCGUUUUUCUUUACAUUUCCUACCGGGUCUCUGAAAAAAAAAAUGGCGAUGUCCGUAAGACUGAAGCCCUGGAGGCAAUUUAAAGACCUUUUUUUUCGUAAAUCAAAUCUUAAUAUUGGAGACAGAGGCAAUUUUGAGUCACCAAAGACUGCCUAUACCUCCGGACCCUCUUUGAUUGGUAUAAAUAAAUCCGCUCUCUGCUUAAAAUGUUCCCUCUUCAAAGUUCAUUUUUCAAUUUGACUGUAUUGAUUUUGAUAAUCAGCAUAUGUCAAUUUGCAUUAUCAGGUGCAACUCCUUUCUAUUGGAACCUUGGUGGCUUACACAAAAGUUAGCAUCUCUGUUCUUGUCAGUCGCUUUCAGUCUGGAGUACAAAGUGUUCCUGAAAAUGAUGAAGGAAAUACAAACAUAACUCAGUGGCUUCAUAAAAUGUUCUCCAAGGCUAAAGGGAAAGAAAGUGAUCCAUCAAGCAUUGCAUAUCAGCGAGUACCAGAUGAGGAAGAUACGUCCAGUCUUCCAGCAGCUCCCGGGGCUGAAGUCACUGAAGCAACAACAUUUCGUGCAGAACUAGCUGUAUUUUUCCUUGUGAUUUUUUUGGCAGCAUUGGCUUUGAUUUUAAGCAAUUUUUAUCAAGACGUGUUCAUAAAAGGUGAAUGGUGGGCUAUAUUUCUCGUCACUCUGUUUUCAGGAGCAAUUGUCUUUCAACUUUUUGUUAUCCAGCUUCAGCCAAGGAACUGUGCGACGUUUCCGUUUAUGGUUCCUGGUGUUCCUUAUAUUUCAGCAUUAACCAUUUUCAUCAAUGCUCUGUUGAUGGCAAAUCUUCAAUGGAUGACCUAUGUUCGCUUUGGCGUUUGGAUGAUAUUAGGUGCGUGUCCACGCAGUCUCUCAAGAGAGUCAGUCGGUCAGAAGAUUUACAUCAGUAAGUCAGUUAGGCAGUCAGUAUUUCACUCAGUCAGUCGUUCACUCAGUCCUUCAGUCGGUCAUUCAGUCCUUCCCUCAGUCAGACAGUGAAUCAAUCAGUCAGAGAGUAUAUCAGUCGAUCAGUCCUCCAAUCAGUCCGUCAGUCAGUGGGAUGUUCGGUUUCUAAGUCAGUCAAAUGAAUAAAGGGAGUGAGUUUCUAAAGAAACUGUAGUGCUGUGUCGGUGGGAGAGUAUAACAGGGCAAUUUAGUUUUAUCAAAUGAGUUUUUACCGUAAUUUGGCCACUGCAAAAAAGUUUCAGAGCUGACAUUUCGAGCGUUAGCCCUCCGUCAGAGCGAAUAGAGGAUUUUUGGGUUGUGUGUGUUGGUAUAUGCAGAAAUGGAGCUGCGUUAUUGGUAGGAACAUGGUUCAACGAUUGCUUAGUGAUAGCAAACGUACCUUAAACUCUUCACAAUUUUCCCUGUGGAGGUUUCCUUAGCCUAAUCUUACCUCCAUAAACUUCUUAUUGUUUUUCAUACAGGUUUUGUCAUCUACUUAUUUUAUGGAUAUCGGCAUAGCACAGAAGCACUGCAACCAGUCGUCAAGGAGAUAGAUGAUUUAACAUUAGAGAUUCCAGAUGUCGGACGAGAGAUAACAAGGCCUCAACCAGUCGUCAAGGAGAUAGAUGAUAAAAAAUUAGAGAUUCCAGAUGUCGGACCAGAGAUAACAAAGCCUCAACCAGUCGUCAAGGAGAUAGAUGAUAAAACGUUAGAGAUUCCAGAAGUCGGACGAGAGAUAACAAGGCCUCAACCAGUCGUCAAGGAGAUAGAUGAUAAAAAAUUAGAGAUUCCAAAGAUCGGACCAGAGGUAACAAAGCCUCAACCAGUCGUCAAGGAGAUAGAUGAUAAAAAAUUAGAGAUUCCAAAGAUCGGACCAGAGGUAACAAAGCCUCAACCAGUCGUCAAGGAGAUAGAUGAUAAAACGUUAGAGAUUCCAGAAGUCGGACGAAAGAUCACAAAGCCUCAACGACCGUGA